GCUGCCGCCGCCGACAAAUUUUGCCCCUUCAGCCGCCGCCGAAAAAUUAUAGUUACGUUCUCUUUUGCUUUGCGGGUGUAACUCUGUAAAGUCGUAGAAUUUGUUGAAGGAAAAGUUUCAACAAAUUAAUAAAUUUAAAUAGAUUUUUCAUUUAUUGAGAUUCAAUCGGAAAUAUGGAUGCCCCUCACGACACUGAAGAUACUGCCGAGUCCAUGAACGAGGAUGAGGAGAGAGGAUUUUCCUCUAACCAGAUGGUCCCUGCAUAUAUGAAUGCUAUAUUGCGUCGUCAAUUUUUGCAAGAAAUGGUUAAGAGUCUACCAGCUCCAUUGCAAAAUCGCAUUACCGUUUUGAAAAAUCUCCAACUGGAACACUUGGCGCUUGAAGCUGAAUUCUUCGAUGAAGUUUACAAAUUGGAAAAGAAAUAUCAAGAAAAGUACCAACCUCUGUUCGAAAAGCGAAAAACUAUUGUUACCGGCGAAGUAGAACCCCCAAAGGAAGAGCCCAAAUGGAAGCCCGAGCCAGCUGAUGAAAAUAGCGAAGACUUACCCGACUUCAGUAAACUGUUGACCAAGGUCAAAGAAAUUUCAGAGGAUACAAAGGGUAUUCCAAACUUCUGGAUGACCAUCUUCCGCAAUACGGAAAUACUAUCUGAAAUGGUGCAAGAGCAUGAUGAACCCGUUUUACAAAAACUUACUGAUAUUACCAUUAAAUACGACGAUGAGCAUUCGUAUACUUUGGAAUUCCAUUUUGAUAAAAACGAUUACUUCUCCAACCAAGUGCUUACCAAGCAAUAUUUCCUGAAGUCUGCUGUAGAUGAGGAUAACCCCUUCGGCUUUGAAGGUCCUGAAAUUUACAAAUGCAAGGGUUGCAACAUCAACUGGGAAAAGAAAAUGAACUUGACCGUGAAGACCAUCAGGAAGAAGCAAAAACAUAAGGAGCGUGGUGCUGUUAGAACCAUCGUUAAACAAGUGCCCAACGAUUCAUUCUUCAACUUCUUCAAUCCCCCAGAAGUACCAGAGGAUAAGGAAGAAAUCGAUGAAGACUCUCAAGGCAUUUUGGCCACCGAUUUUGAGAUCGGUCAUUUCUUGCGUGCAAGAAUCAUUCCUAAAGCCGUUUUGUAUUAUACUGGUGAUGUUAUUGAUGAUGAAGACGAAGAUGAUGAUUCCUUCGAUGGCGAAGAAGAGGAAGAAGAAGAUGAGUCUGGCGACGAAAGAGAACACAAAAGCAGCAACAAAAAGAAACCAACACCCAAUGAAUGUCCAAAUCAAUAAGUAAAUAAAAAUAAACAAUCACAAAACAAAACUCAUUUAAAAAUAGAAAUAUAAUUUCAAUUUAAAAUGUAGUUUUUAAAACAAGAACAAAUUCAUAAAAUUGUGUCCCUAUAAACAUCAUUUCUUUUUAUUUUCUAAUUGUGAAUUAACUAUUAAAAUUUAAAUAAAAACGUCUUUAUUUUGAAAAGCA